CUUUCCUCUUGCCUCCACCACUUCCGCCCUGGAAAACAUUUCUCACCCAUGAUUGGCAGAAACGUUUAAGCGCAUGCGCACUGAGAGGAUCCCGGUCAAAAUCGCUUGCAAAAUUGCUUAAAACGCAAAUUCUAACAAUGGGAUCUAGCAGCCGUAGUGACUGGUCCCGAAAAAAAACCAAUUUUGAGGUCUAAUUCGAUUGUGACGCAGUUGAAAUUAGCUUCUCCCCAAUGCCCUCGCUUUUACGCUUCCGUCCUGACGCAAACGUGCGGCCGCCUUCCGCACUGCGGGCUUGUCCUUGGCCCUGCCCUAGUCAGUUUCCUGAGGCAUGCGCAGUUGCCUUUCCGUCAAUUCCUGCGCUGGGCGUACGUCAAGAUGGCGACGUCCGUAUUAAACACCCUCCUGAGGCGGCUUCCUAUGCGCUCGCUCUUCCGAGGUGUCCACAGAGUUCAGGUUCCCCUCCAGACUCUCUGCACCAAAGCUCUUUCUGAGGAAAAGUCUUUGCCCCCGGUUCCCAUUUCUCCUUAUGAGAAUGAGCCCUGGAAAUAUCUGGAAUCAGAAGAAUACCAGGAGCGAUAUGGUUCUUGCCCCAUCUGGGCUGACUACCGCCGCAACCACAAAGGUGGUGUACCCCCACAGCGUACUCGGAAAACAUGUAUUCGUGGGAAUAAAGUUGCUGGGAAUCCCUGCCCCAUCUGCCGAGAUCACAAGUUGCAUGUUGACUUUAGGAACGUGAAGCUCUUGGAACAGUUUGUCUGCGCCCAUACGGGUAUCAUCUUCCAUGCUCCAUACACAGGAGUCUGUAUGAGGCAGCAUAAGAGGUUGACCCAGGCCAUCCAGAAAGCCAGGGAUCUUGGUCUCCUCAGUUACCACAUCCCCCAGGUUGAACCGCGGGACCUUGACUUCAGUACCUCUCAUGGGGCUGUGAGUGCUACCCUGCCAGCCCCCACCCUGAUCUCAGGGAAGCCCUGGUACCCGUGGUACAACUGGAAACAGCCACCAGAGAGAGAAUUGUCUCGCCUUCGCCGGCUCUACCAGGGUCAUCUCCGAGAAGAGAGUGGCCCCCCACCUGAGUCAAUGCCCAAGGUGCCCCCUACAGCAUCAGCAGAAGCCUCCUCCACUGGGCAGAUAGGCCCCCAGAAUGCUCUGUAGGAGCCAUAGACUGGGAAGAGAGGCCUGGCAUGGUGGCUUAUGCCUGUAAUUCCAGCACUUUGGGAAGCCAAGGUGGGCAGAUCACUUGAGUCCAGGAGUUCGAGACCAGCCUGGGCACCAUGGUGAAACCCCAUCUCUACCAAAAAUUACAAAAAUUAGCUGGGUAUGGUGGCGCACACCUGUAGUCCCAGCUAUUGGGGAGGUUAAGGUGGGAGGAUUGCUUCAGCCCAGGAGGCGGAGGUUUUAAUCGCAUCCCUGCACUCCAGCCUGGGUGACAGAGCCAGACCCUGUCUCAAAAAAAGAAAAAGACUAGGGAAGAGAGCCAGGUCUAGGAGAUAUGCAUAGGUUUACAUAAUGGGAUAUCACCCCGAAUAGUCUUUUGUGGCCAAGGACAGAUCCAGGGAAUAAAUGAAUGUUGCUGAUAGGGAUAAAUCUGAGGCUGAGGGAGGGCAGUACAGAUGUGUAUGGGAAACCCCAGCCCCUAUAUAUGGCAAAUAGAUGGGCUGGACUAAACGUUGCUGUUUCAGACUUCUGCCAACUCAGCUUUUCCACAAUAAAGCUUUCUCCUGUC